UGCUGCUGGCCUCCUGUCUGCAGGUUCCUGAGUGUCCCAGCAGGAUGAACGUGGUUCAGACAUCGAUGCUGCUGCUGCUGCUGGCGGCGCUCGGCGCCACCGUAGAGCCGAGCCCCGAAAACUGUCACGGCCUGAACGCCACGCUGAGGAGGGAACACCUGCACAAGAUCUUCGGGGACUGGGUCCUGGUCUGGGCGGAGGCCGACCACCAGAGAGGAUCGGCCCUGCUGGGCCACGUCAGCAGCUCCCACAUCGAGCUGCGACUCCUCCCCGACAACCACACCGCCUCCUUCAGCGAGAGGAACCGGAUCUCCACCAGCAAGUGCACAAACUACUUCAGCAACAUGUCCAUGUCCGCCGAGGACUCAGAGCAGCUCGCACUGCACACCGUCGCUCCCAAAAUCGAGGUGGACGGAGUUUUCAUCGACUACAACGAGUCGGGUGAAAUGCAUUUCUUCGAGACCUGCGACGAGUGUCUGGUGAUGGUCUACAAGAACUCAGAGGGCCGAGUCCUGAUGAUCUACAGGAGGAAGGGGCACCAUCAGGACGUUGACAAGUUGAAGGAACACCACGACAAUAACAACAAACUGGCCGAGUGUCUGGGAUUCCCUCCAGGCAAAACGUUCACCUACGACGGAGCUGCAGAUUUGUGUCCUAAGAAAUCUGCUCCAGAAGUUGCUGUUGAUCCUGUUGAACCUGCUGCAGAGUCCUGAGGGACAAACAACAACAACAACAUAAACAACAACAAUAAAAUAACUGAAAUGCUGAAA